AUUUCAAAAUUAAAUGUACGUUAUGAGAUGUUGUCAGUCCGCUUUUUGAGAAAGUUGAUCUCAAGAGAAAGAAUUUAAGAGUCGGUUCGCAUGGUACAUCUGUAAUCGGAAGGUACGAGUAAAAUCCGACUUUACACUAAUUUGGACUUUUAAUCUGAGAAGGAAAUGUUGUAAGUGGCUGCAUUAACAGACGUGGUAUAAACAAGAAACCUACCAAUAAAAAAAGUUCACCUAAGAUAAAUAUGCCGCGUACGAAGCAGACCCGAAAGAAGUCGGUUGACGGAGCCGAGGACGGAGGAUUAUUGCUAAAAGAUUUCGAAAAGCAAGUUAAUCUACGCCUGGGAAAAAUGCAGUCGAAUUUUGAGACACAAAUACAAAGGGUGGACGCACGAUACCAAAUAGCGCUUUCUCGGUAUCCACAAUCAAUAAUCGAGCUUACACUGAGAGAAAUUCUUCAGUUGGAUGCUGAACUAGCCGAAAAUGUGUGUGAAGUGAGUUCUUCUGUAAAUGAUGACACAGUUUCCCCUCAACCAAAGACUGUAAAAGCAAAAAAAUAUUCCAAGCGCACUACUGCAACUUCCGAUGAUGGAUAUAUGACUGAAGGAGGAACUACUACAAGUACUACUAACCAGAACUCGUUGGCUGUCCCAACUACAACACGAAAAAUACGCACACGGAGUUCAUCUGCAGACCGGCGGGUGAAGCUGAGCGAAAUACAACAAGUGCCAAAAACCGUCAAGAAAGUGGAACGACUGACUGCUACAGCUGUGAAAAAUAAAUUUAAAACUCCAGCCAUGUCAAAGACCCGGUUGAAUGAGUAUGCACUUGUUACCCCAAAAGUUAAGCCUAAUACUCCACUUAGCGUUAUGAGACGACCUCGUCAAGGAGAAAUGGCUCUGAGUAUGCAAGGUAGCCCAUUGCUAGUCACUUCCGUGGUGAACGAAAAUGUGGCCAAUGUUAAUGUUCCUCUUGAUAAUGGACGAGUACUUUCAUUGCUACCAAAUGAUGGAUUGCGCUUAUCAUACUUACCAGAAUUUGAUGACGAGACACGACGCCAAUUGCUAACUCUCAAACAGCACCUUGAUAAAGUAAUUGGAUCUUCGUAGGAUUAGAUAUUAUAUAAUUUGGUAUUACUUAUUGUUGCCACUAUACCGAUUAUUGGUGAACAUGUUUUCUACGUAUGUAGCAUUAUUCCUAUCUUUAUAUAUCGUAAGGUCCAACUCACGUUUGUAAUUAAAAUGGCACAAACCAAUUUA